AUGUCAAACGAUCAGUUAGUGAAGAAUGCUACAUUGGCCGUACGAAAUGUUAUCAAGACUUCUAGUUCAUUAGCAUUGAAUGAUGUUAAGUUCAUGAGAAGUUUGGAUCAACAAUUUAAUGAUGAGUCUGUGGUUGUUAGUGGUAGAUUAAUGGAUCUUGCUAAUGAAGUCAUAGAAGCUGUUGGUGAUGAUAAUGAAAAAAUUGAUGAUAAUGAUGAAGAUUUUAAAGGUUCUAAUAUGAAGAAAGUAUCAAACGUUUUAGAUACGUUGUUUGAAAAAGCUGAUUUCCUCUUCGAUGAAGUUAGAAAGGGAUCUAAACAAGAUAAACAAUUCACUUUCUUAGAAGAAUCCAAUAAUGUAGUUAAAGAUGAAAGUAAGAACAUUGGAAGAAAAAUGGAUAAACCACAAUUGAACUUUCAAGUGGCUGUUGAUAAUUCCGAACUUCAACCUUUCAAACCAAAGUUACCUGAAAAACCUAAUAGUUUAAAGUCGUGGCAAGAACCAAUUAUCGUUACUCCUGAUAAUGAAGACGAUGAUCCACCAUUUUAUCCACAUCCUUAUGAACAUGAAAUUGAUAAUCAACCAUAUCCUGAGGAAAUACUAUCGAAAUCCGAUGUGAUCCCAUCUCAACCAUGGGAAUCAACUUCAGCUAUUUGGAUCGAUAAACCAGAACAAUUACCUGGUUUGGUAAAAGAAUUAGCCAAACUGAAAGAACUUGCUAUCGAUUUAGAACAUCACGAUUAUCGUACAUACUAUGGUUUGGUCUGUCUUAUGCAAAUUUCCAAUCGUGAAAAAGAUUGGAUCAUCGACACUCUUGCUUUAAGAGAUGAACUUCAUGUAUUAAAUAAAGUAUUCACUGAUCCCAUGAUCAUUAAAAUAUUCCAUGGAGCUUUCAUGGAUAUUAUAUGGUUACAAAGAGAUUUGGGGUUAUAUAUAGUAUCAUUAUUCGAUACUUAUCAUGCCUCAAAGAAGUUAGGAUUCCCUAAGUUCUCAUUAGCUUAUUUACUUGAAACUUUUGCCAAUUUCAAAACUUCAAAGAAAUAUCAACUUGCUGAUUGGAGAAUCAGACCUUUAUCUCCAUCAAUGUUAGCUUAUGCCCGUUCCGAUACUCAUUUCCUCCUUAAUAUUUUUGAUCAAUUAAGGAAUAAACUUAUAGAUAAUGAUAAAAUGUCGCAGGUGUUAUACGACUCGCGACAAGUAGCUAAAAGAAGAUUUGAAUACACCAGUUUCAGACCUAAGAAUUCCCAUUUGGUAUCAUGUCCAGUGAUGGCUUCUAAUCCUAGAGAGCCUUGGGGUUCUUUAUUAUCAUCGUUUGGUAUCAACUCUCAUUUGAAACCUGUGGUUGAGGUAUUAUAUAAUUGGAGAGAUAAAUUAGCCAGACAAUUGGACGAAUCUGUUAGGUUCGUCAUGCCUAAUCAAACCUUAGCUUCUUUAGCUACCUUAUCAAGACCGGUAGAUAACAAAAAGGUGUUGACAGUAGCUCCAAAUGAGUAUAUCAGGAAUAAUGCUCAAGAAUUAGCCACCUUAAUUAAUGAUACUUUAGAGUUAAGUGAAGCCAACGACUGGAAAUUAUUCGAUAAGGUUGAAUCUUCCGUACCUGAAGAUAUCCCAGUAUCCAACAAUACCAUCGAAUCUCAAAAUAGCAUAUUCAAUCAAUUAGUUAAAGAGAAUAAUCUUUUAUCUAAUGAAUUCCAAUCAAAACCUUCAAUGCUUUUCUCUCAAGAGAAAGAGUUGAUUGGUGUUAGUUUUGAUAAUAAUAACAUUAACGAGUCCACAGUGGAUGAAUUGUCUUCAAGAUAUGACCGUGUCUACCAGGAAUUUGAAAAAUAUAAAGUCACAGUCGAAGUCAAUAUUCCCAAAGAGGAAGUGGUUCCCGACAUCCCUAAAAAGGAAAUCAAACAACCUGAACCUGAACCUCAACCACAACCAAAAGAGGAUAAAGACGAAAUCAUUACCCUCCGUAAAUCCAAGAAACAAAGAGUUAAUAAAAAGAGGUCAGCUGAUGAAGAGACCUUUGAUUAUUCAGCUGCUGAUAAUAUUAUGAACACCAAAAUCGUUAACGAACCUAAAAGAAGAAAGAAAUUUGAUCCUUAUUCUAACAGUGAUGCUCCAAAACCUGUAAGAGGGGGCAGAAACAUGAAACUGGGGAGAUCAUCUACAUUUAAGAGAUAA